ACAAAAAUAAACUACCGCUUCGCUUAAUCAAUUCAGCCCUCCUCCACCUCCACCAACUUACAAAUCAGAACUUCACGAAUCCCAUACAAAUCCUUCCCUCAUUAAUCAUGGUGGUUUAAUGCCUUCAACAUCUUUACCUUCCGUAAAUCCUGUACCCGUAUCUUCACAACCGGCUCUUUCUCCGAUCACCUCACUUAAUGGAGGAAAUUCUGGAAAUGAAUAUCAUAUGUCUCAUCAUAUUCAUCAACAUCAAACUAAUUCUAAUACGAAUGCGGCCACUUAUCAUCAUUCUCCUCCAAUUGAACAUGCUCAACAACCAUUAAAUCAAGAAGUUACAAAUUAUAGUAGUACUGUAACUCCUGUAAGCAUGCCUUCUCCACCUGCUAGUAUUCCUCCUUCUCAAUCAAAUUUAAGAUUUGAGAUUUUGCUCGAGGCUCCUACUGCUGCUGCUCAACGAACUGAUGAAACUCCAAUGACUUACCUUAAUAAAGGUCAAUAUUAUGGUUUAUGUAUUCAAGACCAAGAUAAAAUUGAUGGUGAAUUUACAACUAUUAUUAAAAUAAUGUUUCAUGAUGAUACUCACCGUAAAUUGGCUUCAACUUAUUGGAGUUUUUGGUUAACACAACAAAAUUCUCCAAAGAAUGCUAGAGCUAUCGAUAUUGAUAAAGCUGCAUCAACAGGAAUUAGUAAUGUAGAAACAAAAUCGUUUGAUCGCUUACAAUUUCGCUGGCAUGGAAAGAAAGGUGCAAAGAUUUUCAUACGAUUUAGUUGUCUUUCCACUGAUUUUUCACGGAUAAAGGGUGUUAAAGGAAUUCCUUUAAGAAUUCAAGUGGAAACCAAAAGUGAUAAUGGAUCAACUUGUACAACUUUGGAAAAAUCUUUUGCAAAAAUUAAAUUAUUUAGAGAUAAGGGUGCUGAACGUAAAAAUAAAGAUGAUCAAAAACAUAUUGAAAAAAUGUGUGAAAAAAUGAGAGGUAAAACUCAAGAAACGACACCCAUGAUCAUGAUGUACGCUCCACCGCAUUCUGUAACAUUAUUUAAUGAAAUGACUGGUACCAAUGAAGUGUCCGACGAUGCCGAUGUUUUAAACCUUUCGGAAUCUUUAAAUAAUCUUGAUGAUGUUGAAGGAGGUGACCUUAUACCUCUACCAUUAGGUAAACGUAGAAGAUUUUCUAUGGGACCUGAUUUUUUGGAACCACUGGAUUGUGAUCCAACAUAUAUUCCACAUUUAAGAAAAAAACGAGCAGUGCUUUGUAUCUAUGUUAAAUUACCGGGUGAGGCUGCGUAUCGCGCUAUUUAUUUAAAUCAUCUUACUCUCCAGGAUCUUAUAUCUAAAUUAUCUGAAAAGCUCUCCGAAAAAAUUGAUCUCCAAGGUCAACAGAUUACGAGUGUUGUCAGAUGCACUAAACGUAAUCUUACCGUUCGCAUUGAUGAUGAUUCAAUUCAUCAACUUGAAGAUGAAACUGAUAUGGAAGUAGAUGUUCAACUUAAUCAAGAUGGGACAGUACAAUUAACAUUGAAGUAUUGAUUUUAAAAAGGAAAAAAAAAAAAAAAAAAAUAUAU